AUGAUGAAGGGUGGCCAAGACUUUGGCAUUGAUUUAUGCCUCGCCAGUGCCUCUGCCUCCCUCUUUCUCUCUCGAUUCGACGCAGGAGUACAUCCGGGACCCCAUGGCGGUUCCGUCGGUGGCCGUCGCUGCGCGGUAUUUGCUCCUGCUGCUCAUAUCUCUGUGAAUAUUCAAACCAUUACUCCGGAUUUCACCCUCUUUCUUGCACACCUACCCUUCCUCCUCACCAACCUCGCCUCCCGUUCCAACUCCCUCGCCAACUCCUCCCUAAACUCCUUUAGCUCCUCCGCUGUGUAAACCUCCCCCCCCACCUCCAUUUCCAUCCCUCCUCCACC